GACCGAUAGAUAAUUAUUGCUCAAGGGUCUGAAUUCGAACAUGCUUUCAAACUUGCUUUACUUUGUAUAUUGCAACGUCAAUCCGAGUUAAAGCCGCCUAUCCGAGUAGAGGGUACAGCCCCGAGGGGCAAAUCAAACGGAAUGUCGUUUUCGCUAUAUAAUCCGGGUCUAUCCCAGAUAGGCCCGCCAGAUUCCGUACCCGUUUGACCAGUAAUCUCACAAAACCCAUAUACCGUGUCCUGAAUCCUCAUGACCGUCAACGAGCGGACGCCUCUCCUCAGAGAGGGCAACGACGCUCUAGAGACAGACGAACCUACCGUCGCAGACCGCCUUUCGUCGGAUCCAGAAUGGGUGGACACUGAGGACGACAUCAACGUAGCCAAACACCCGCAAGUGUCCAUGCUCACGAUUAUGGCGCCGCUUUCAAUCGGUAUCUUCCUUUCUGCCCUGGACUGGAUGAUCGUAGCUUCGUCUUAUGCUGCUAUCGGGAGCGAAUUAGACGCACUUCAGAGCACAAGCUGGAUUGCCACUGCAUACAUGCUUACCACCACUAGUUUCCAACCGUUAUAUGGCAAGCUCAGUGACAUCUUCGGAAGAAAGGCCUGUUUAAUUUUCGCCUAUACAACAUUUGCAAUAGGGUGUCUUCUGUGUGGGAUGGCUCGAAAUAUUACCGAACUCAUUGCUGCCAGAGCUUUUGCCGGAAUAGGUGGAGGAGGCAUCACGACCGUUGGAUCCAUCAUCAUGUCGGACGUAGCACCUUUACGCGAAAGGGGCACAUGGCAAGGUAUCGCGAAUCUUUUCUUCGCCACGGGUCAAACCGUGGGUGCACCACUGGGUGGACUCCUUGCUGAUACCAUCGGUUGGAGAUGGGCGUUCCUUCUGCAAGUACCUGUGACUGUCCUCGCGAUCGUUUCUGUCGCCUUUGCGCUCAAAUUACCUAAGAGCGACAACUCCGACUUCUACGGAAAACUAAAGCGAGUCGACUUUCUAGGCGCUUUCACUCUUGUUCUUGCCGUCUUUACUCUGCUCUUGGGUUUGGAGAGAGGUGGCAACGUCUCAUGGAACGACCGUAUUACCUGCGGGUGCCUCAUCGCAUUCGCAGUGCUCUUCUUCUCUUUCCUAUUCAUAGAGAUGGAAUUUGCCAAAGAACCCUUCGCGCCAAAGCACAUCCUAGUUAACCGGACCCUGAUCGCGAGCUACAUGUGCAACUUCCUAUCUAUGGCUUCUCAGAUGGCGUACGUCUACCAGGCAUCGCUUUACUUCCAGGCGGUCGAAGGCAAGACAGCUGGACAAGCUGGCCUGUUGUUUAUUCCUGGCGUGGUAGCUGCUGUAUCGGGCAGCCUUGGCGGUGGUUUGAUCAUGCAAGCUACAGGAAAAUACUACACACUCACCCUUUCAUGCUACGUGCUGGGAUUCAUCGGCGCAGUAGUUGCAACACUUGCCACCGAUAUCUGGUUCCAUUCUGAUGUUGUGAUGGUCAUAGGUUUAUCCGCAGCGGCACUGGGUAACGGUGCUGGAAUUACGACCACUUUGAUUUCCCUGAUUGCGAACGCUGGCCCAGAAGACCAGGCAGUGGCAACAGCGGUAUCGUACCUCUUCCGAUCCCUGGGUACUGUGAUCGGUAUAUCAGUUGUUUCGACUGCUACCCAAGAGACACUACGGCGCCAAUUGCGUUCCAAGCUGUCAGGCAACGACGAUGUGGAGGAGAUCAUCAGUCAUGUUCGGAAGUCUCUUGCAUACCUUGACGAGCUUGCACCUGCAAUCCGCGCAAAGGUCGUUGAAUCAUAUGAAGAUGCUGUCCACGUAGCGUUCUGGAUAUGCGUUGGCCUGUAUGGUGCCUGCGUGGUUUCAUCGUUGUUCAUCAAGGAGAAGGCAUUACAAAAAUAACUUUAUAUGCUACUCACUCAAUAUGUAUAGGUAUAGAGUCGAGAUUUCGAGGAACUCCAUAGAGAAGACGUCUUUGCCACUGCGUGAUUCAUUGCCCACGCGAAUGGCCCCUGACUCGACAUUUUUUCAAGCUCUGGUACAGAACAUUUCAAGUAGUCAACUAGAGGACGCUGCAUAUACUGUGGAAAACGAAGCGGAAGGCGGACUUCUUAUCUAUUUCGUAUACAAGAGAGUCAAUU